AUGGUCAGCUACGAGCAAACCGACGUCCUAAUUUGCGGCUGCGGCCCAACAGGCGCAAUGGUGUCUGGAUAUCUUGGAAGAAUAGGUAUCCGGAACAUUGUCCUAGAUAAGGAGGCCGAUAUAACAACUGAUCCGCGGGGUAUCGCUCUCGACGACGACGGCAUUCGAGCUUUGCAGGGGUUGGGGCUCUAUGAGCACAUUUUCACGGAUAUUGGAUCACCAAUUCCGUGGAUGCGAUUUGUAGGGGGUGUUCAUCAUGAUCUGCACAGAAAGCCGUUUCUCUCAUUUGAUACCGCUUCGUCGGAGGGCAACACAGGACAUGUAGGAGCGAUGCGUCACAAACAGCCUGUCUUGGAGAGACACCUUCGCUCCGUUAUUGAUUCGUCGAAAUAUUCUGAGCUUAGGUCCAGCUGUACCUUGACAUCGAUCCAUGAAGACGACAACUGGGUUUAUGCUACCUACAGCGACUCUACUGGAAAGAAAAAUGCAAUUCAAGCUAAAUUUAUGGUUGGGGCUGACGGAAAGACUGGAUACACACGGAAGCUAUAUUUGGAGCCAAAGGGAAUUCGACUAGAAUGGGCAGAAAAGACAAGGUACAACGAAACAUGGGUUGCUCUCAAUUGGAAAAUACACCUUCCAACGCCAGCUACUCAUCCCCAGUUUCCACUGUGGAAGAUAGGUUAUUCUCCAGAAAUGGUGUACGAUCUAUUCUUUCCCGAGGACUUCCGCUUCCUCUGCAAUGCUCGUCGGCCAGCUGUCUGCGGCCGGUUUGGGCUUCCAAGUGACCGACUAUGGCGUUUCGAGUUUGUUGUCGCUCCUGGUGAAGACGGAACUGAGAUGGCCCAAAGGAAUAAAAUUAGAGAGGUGGUUGUUCCUUAUAUUACACACUCGGGAAGUCGCUACGGUCUGACCGAGGAUGUUGAAUACCCAGAGGACUGUAUUGAAGUCCUUCGUUCACGACCGUUUCGCUUCUCUGCUCGAAGCUGCAACAAAUGGGCUCUUGGUCGAACAAUCCUCUGUGGUGAUGCAGCGCAUGUUUUCCCCCCGUUCGGCGGGCAAGGAAUCGCAUCUGGGUUCAGGGACGCAAUUGGUCUUGCCUGGCGUUUAGCAAUUUUGUGCUCCUCAAAACACCCACUUGAUCAUCAGGCUAUCCUCGCUGCCUGGUACAAUGAACGGAAGCAACAGCUCGACAAAUCUCUCGCGGCUACAGUGCGGAACGGAGAUAUGGUCAAUACUAAGAACUUGCUCGAGGGAUUUAUUCGGGACUGGUCCCUAUGGUCAAUCCAACUAAUCCCUCAAUGGAAGCACUGGCUUGAGCGAGGACCCAGAGCUGAAGGCCCGAUUGAGUACUCUCACAGGCCAGGCCUUCCAUUUCUCCCCGAUCUAAAUGGCGGAGUUAGCUUUUCCCAGACCUACUGCGUGGCUAUUUCCGACACUCAGGAAAUUGUUCGAUUUACGGACGACGCUAUCUUUGCUUCGAGCAAGACGAAACUGUUUCAGAUUGUGGUUCUGUUGCCAAAUCUCCGGGCGCUAAAGCCGGCUCUAGAAGACCUUGGUGGAAUGGACCAGGACGGCAUGAGUCUCCUGUCUUCCAAUGAAGCCACAAUCUUUGUCCCUCGCAUCUCAGUAGCGGAAUUCGUGGAUGGCCAAGCCCCUGAGACUGUCACCGACAGGUUAUACCGCUCAGCCUCCGCGGAGGAGUUCAGUCGAAGCACAUUAUGUCAAGGCCGUCCCACACCGCGAGGAUACAGUGAAGAACUGAUGUGGCAGAGUGUGUCUGGAACGCGAUACAUUAUCCUACGGCCGGACCGGUUUGUUUUCGCGGCAUGUAAUACAACGGCAGAAUUGGAUCUGGCUGCAAAACAGCUGGAGAAGAUGUUUUCUUGA